GGAAAGAGUUUUACCCAAAUUGUGUUUUGCAGUAAGUUUUAGGCAGGCAAGGGAAGAAGAGGCGAGAAACUACUCUCCUCCUUUUAUCUCUCCCUCCCUCCCUCCCUCCCUCCAUGUGAUUUUCUUCGAAAAAAAUAAUAAUAAAAGUAAAACACUCUGAUCAGCAUUGCAACCCGAAAUAAUUCCUCUUCUCUCGACUGUCACUUGCCGCACACACAAAGACAGGCUUCCUCUCUCCGAAAGUUUUGAUUAGUAGUGUUAUUAUUAUUAUUAUUAUUAUUAUUAUAUUAAUUAAUUAUAACAGCAAGAGCAAAUUGUGAUGAACCUUUUAAUAAUUAUUAAUAAUAGCUAUAGCUAAAGCUGUGUGAAUUUGCUAUGCUCAUUGUGGCUGAUUUUGAUUCUACUCCGUAACCGACUGUCUCUCUAGAAACUUCGUACAUUUUUGUUGUUUUUUUAUGCACUUAAUUGAGUUGGAGAAUAUCGGGAUCUGCUAUGAUUUUGAGUUGCUCAAUUCCGAUCUCUCUGGUGCUUUUGUAAACCAACGGUUUGGGUCCGAUCGCCGGAGAAACAGCGCCAUCAGAUGGCGCUGUUCAGACGUUUCUUUUACCGGAAGCCGCCGGAUCGGCUUCUUGAGAUCUCCGAGAGAGUCUACGUAUUUGACUGUUGCUUCUCCACGGAAGUGUUGGAAGAAGAUGAGUACAAGGUUUACUUGGGUGGCAUUGUAGCACAGCUACAAGACCACUUUCCUGAUGCGUCCUUCAUGGUUUUUAACUUUAGAGAAGGGGAGAGGCGUAGCCAAAUUUCAGACAUACUUUCACAAUAUGACAUGACAGUUAUGGAUUACCCUCGCCAAUAUGAGGGCUGUCCUAUGCUGCCUCUGGAGAUGAUCCACCACUUCCUUCGAUCAAGUGAAAGCUGGCUGUCCUUGGAAGGGCAGCAGAAUGUGCUGUUAAUGCAUUGUGAAAGAGGAGGUUGGCCUGUACUUGCUUUCAUGCUUGCAGGUCUUUUGCUAUACCGGAAACAAUAUACUGGGGAGCACAAGACUCUUGAAAUGGUCUACAAGCAAGCUCCGAGGGAACUUCUCCAUCUUUUGUCUCCUUUAAAUCCACAGCCUUCCCAACUUAGAUAUCUUCAGUACAUUUCUAGAAGAAAUUUUGGUUCUGAUUGGCCUCCAUCAGAUACUCCUUUACAGUUGGAUUGUCUGAUGCUAAGAUCCCUUCCUUUGUUUGAAGGGGGUAAAGGUUGCCGGCCAGUUGUACGUGUUUAUGGCCAGGAUCCUUCAAAACCAGCCAAUAGAACUUCCAAGCUUCUGUUUUCAACAUCGAAGACUAAAAAACAUGUUCGCCUCUACCGGCAGGAAGAGUGUAUGCUAGUGAAAAUAGAUAUACGGUGCCGGGUUCAAGGGGAUGUUGUUCUUGAGUGCAUCCAUUUGGAUGAAGAUUUGGUACGUGAGGAGAUGAUGUUCAGAGUGAUGUUUCACACAGCAUUUGUGCAGGCCAAUAUUUUGAUGCUCGUCCGUGAUGAGAUUGACUUUCUCUGGGACGCCAAGGACCAAUUUCCAAAGGACUUUAGAGCAGAGGUACUUUUUGUGGAUGCUGAUGCUGUGGUGCCUAAUGUCACCACAGUCGAGGCAAAUGAAGAUGGGAACGAGACAGAAAGUGCUUCACCUGAGGAAUUUUUUGAGGUGGAAGAAAUUUUCAGCAAUGUAGUAGACGGGCAUGAAGCAAAGGGGUAUGGUGCCUCUCAUAAAGUCCAUGACAACAUGCCAGUUGAUGUAGACGGUAAAGAAGUCUGGAAGGAGGACUCAGAUCUUCACUCAUUUGAAGACUGUGCUUCUGAUGACGGGAAUCACAAACAGGAGGGGAAGCUAGAUUCUAGUGUUGAUGCAGUGAAGGACAUUGCUGUGGAUGAUGUCAAGUACAAGGUAGAUGAGAAGGUGGAUUCUGAUUUUUUAGCAGUGAAAGACAUUACCGUGGAUGAUGGCGAAAUCAAGGCAGAUUCUGUGGUUUCUGCUACUGGUACGCUGAUCAGGAAACAAACAACAGAAGUGAUUGGAGAUGUCGACGGGGAACUUAAAAAGAUGGAAGAUGAAGGUGAUAGAGAAAAUAGUGCUACAAAGAAGUUGGAAUCCCAGGAUCCACCAGUAGAGUUGAGUGCUGAUGCUGGUAGACAAAAACUUGAGCAAUUAAUGUUACCUUCACCAAGGAGGCAGCCUACAUCAAAUGCAAAACCUGCUGCAGAUUCAAUUAUAACCGAACAAAAGACUAAACAUAAUGAACAAGAAGGAGCUCAUGGAAAACAAACAAAGCCAAAUACCAUUCCUCGGUGGGUUCCCCCUAAUAGAGGCCCUUUUAGCAAUUCCAUGCACGUAGCACAUCCGCCAUCAAGAUAUAAUAGUGCACCACCGGCUCUUACAUUUUGUGCUUCACCGGAGGACUCUAGUGCUGGUGGCCAUGUAAAGAUUUCUUCUGUUGCCACUGGCCCUGGAGAUAUAAUUUCAAAUGAUUUUCCUUCUCCAACUGAAGCUCCACCUUCUCUUGACCCGCAACAAAUUGCCCUCCGUGGUCCCCCACCUCCACCUCUGCCAUAUUCCAACAAAUCUUCAUUUUAUGAUUUCCAGGCCAGUUCAGGUGGUGAAGCACCACCACUUCAUUCACAGAUUGCUGAUGCAGUUUCCUUUCCCCCUCCGCCUCCCACAUCAUUUAGCAGGCAGAAUAUUCAGAUGAUUCCUCAACAUUCAUCUCCACCACCCCCUCCUCCUCUUCCCCAGCUGUCUAAUAGGCAGACUAUUGGGAUGGUUUUGCCUCCACCUCCUCCACCCCCUUGGAAGUCUGGGAAUACUCCAGCUGUUUUCACUACAACUUAUUCUCCACCCCCUCCUCCUCCAUCCCCUCUUCUCCCUUCAGGUGCCUCUACUACAAAUCAUGGCAGACUUGGAAUUCCCAAUCCACCUCCACCUCCACCUCCACCUCUUUCUCUUGCACACACGUGUAGCACUCCUUUGGCUCAAUCAAUGCCCACUCAUGGAGUUAUACCUCCACCUCCUCCUCCACCCUCGAAGCCUGCACAAAGAGCUCCACCACCUUCGCAGCCUGCACAUGGAGCUCCACCACCCCCACCUCCACCUCCUAUGCGUGGUCCACCACUUCCUCCACUUGUGAGUCAGGCUCCUCCUCCACCUCCUAUGCGUGGUCCACCACCACCUCCACCUCCACCUCCACCUCCUAUGCGUGGUCAACCACUACCUCCACUUGUGAGUCAGGCUCCUCCUCCACCACCGCCUCCUCCAGGCCGUGGAGCCCCCCCUCCUCCCCCGCCUCCUCCAGGCCGUGGAGCCCCCCCUCCCCCGCCUCCUCCAGGCCGUGGACCACCUCCACCGCCUCCACCAGGAGCUCGUGUUCCUGGACCUCCUGCAUCACCAAGACCUCCAGGCAGUGCACCCCAUCCACCUCCAGCCUUAGGUGUCAAAGGAGCUGCUGAUGCAAGAGGUCUGCCUUCGGGAAGAGGGCGGGGUUUUUUACGUCCUUCAGGGAUGGGGACAUCUGCUACAGCACCCAGAAGAUCUUCUUUAAAGCCUUUGCAUUGGAGCAAGGUAACAAGAGCAAUACAAGGAAGCUUAUGGGAGGAGCUGCAAAGGCAUGGAGAGUCCCAAAUCCAUAGUGCCCCAGAAUUUGACGUGUCAGAGCUAGAAAGCCUUUUCUCUGCAACUGUCCACAAACCUGCUGAUUCGGGAGGUAAAGCUGGUGGAAGACACAAGUCUGUUGGAUCAAAAACUGACAAAGUUCACCUGAUUGAUCUGCGGAGGGCGAAUAACACUGAAAUUAUGCUUACAAAAGUUAAGAUGCCGCUUUCUGACAUGAUGGCUGCAGUUCUAGCAAUGGAUGAGUCAAUAUUAGAUGUUGAUCAAGUGGAAAAUCUUAUAAAGUUCUGUCCCACGAAAGAGGAGAUGGAACUUCUCAAGGGCUAUACAGGUGACAAGGAAAACCUGGGGAAGUGUGAACAGUACUUCUUGGAGCUGAUGAAAGUGCCACGUGUGGAGUCCAAGUUGAGAGUGUUUUCUUUCAAGAUUCAAUUCGGCUCUCAGAUUUCAGAAUUUAAAAAGAGCUUAAACACUGUAAACUCUGCAUGUGAUGAGGUCCGGAAUUCCCUCAAAUUGAAGGAAAUUAUGAAGAAAAUUCUUUAUUUGGGGAAUGCGCUGAAUCAAGGAACUGCACGGGGUUCUGCAAUUGGAUUCAAGUUGGACAGUCUUUUAAAACUCACUGAUACGCGUGCUUCUAACAACAAGAUGACGCUCAUGCAUUAUCUUUGCAAGGUGCUCGCUGCCAAGUCACAAGCACUUCUAGAUUUUCACCGCGACCUAGUUAGCCUCGAAACUGCAUCUAAGAUACAAUUGAAGUCUUUAGCAGAAGAAAUGCAGGCUAUAAUCAAGGGGUUAGAGAAGGUUAAGAAGGAGUUGGCAGCAUCAGAAAAUGAUGGUCCUGUGUCCGAAGUUUUUCGAAAGACACUAAAAGAAUUCAUUAGUGUUGCUGAGACAGAGGUGGCAUCCGUGACAAGUUUCUAUGCUGUGGUGGGUAGAAAUGCGGAUGCACUUGCACUGUACUUCGGUGAGGAUCCUGCCCGUUGCCCAUUUGAGCAAGUUACAGCUACUCUCUUAAAUUUUGUGAGAUUGUUUCGUAAAGCGCAUGAGGAAAAUUUGAAACAGGCUGAAUUGGAGAGGAAGAAAGCUGAGAAGGAGGCUGAAAUGGAGAAGGCAAGGGGUAUAAAUCUUACAAAGAAGAACAUGGAAUAACUGCAAAUUGGUUUCUUCGUUUCUUCGCUAGGCAAUUUGAUGCUCUCUGCCACAGCAGCCAUCUGCCACAGUGUUUUUUUUGGUGUGAAGGUGGCUCAUGCUGCUGAGGAUUGGUGCCAAGUAUCCAAUUCUCUGCUCCAGUAUGGUGCAAAUAUAAGCCUUGCAAGUGAUAUUGACAAGGCAAGAGCACCAUUCCAUGAGGCAUGCGGAGCUUUAAGGUAUGCUGAAGGCUUGUUCAGUCAGAGUACGACAGACGAGUUCGUUUUUUAGAAAUUCAACGGGGAUCAUACUUCAGCAUAUUGUGUGGUUAAAAAGCAUGGGUUCUCUGCGUGAUUUAAAAGAUGAUGGAUGUGGUCCUUGCAUAUCAUCGACAAGGGAAUUUGUCGUUUUGGUCAAUCCUUCAUUUACACAUCAGGAGAUUCGGUUUCCAGCUUUCUUCAUUCGUUUUUGGCAUAAAUUUUUUCUGCACCAGAGCGGAUGGCUUAAAGCCGCAAAGCACCACGAAACCAUGUACAGAGAGCUCUGACCCUACACUAACACUAGAAUUCAAUUCUUUUCUUGUAACAUAGGGAGCAGCCUACCCCUUGUUUCUUCUAAUAGAGAUUGACUUGACCCGUCGCUAAAGAUGUAUAGUUGAGUAGAAGACGGGCUGCUCUUAGUGUGUAAUUAAUUGUAACAUAUCAGAAAAGCAGAGGUUGCAGCACAGUUUUCAAACUUGAUAUUUUUAAGCACCAUAGUUUGUAUCCA